CCCCGUCUUUCUCCUUUGCUUUCUUUCUCUUUCUCCCUUUUCUCUCCACAGUCCUUCGUUAACUACUAACUACUACUUGUCGCAUUUGUAUACACUCGUUAAUUCCUUCGAGUUUUAUUAUCGCUUCAGCGUCUUUGUCAUUUUCAACCCGUCAAGAUGAAGCUCAACCUCAUUGCUCUGGCUUCGCUGGUCGCCUUGACCGCGGCCCAGUCGACCGACUCUGCGUCUGACUCUGCUACUGGCACUACAGCUGCUCCUUCGACGACUGUCAGCUUGAGUCCUCAACAAUCCUGCGCUAAGAAGUGCGACCAAACGGAUCUGUGCUGCAUCGCUGGAUGCUUCCAGGUUCCUUGCCCCAACGAUUCUCAGGCCAACGACACCAACACUUGCGUCGCUGCCUGCCCCCAGGGCAGUGGCACUCCAUCUGACACUGAGCGCUAUGCUGCCUGCCAGAGCUCCUGCUACAGCAGCCACUUCUUCCCCAUCACUGCCACGGGUAACUCUGGAGCUUCCAAGACCUCCGCCAGCGACUCCGAUGCCACCACCACCGGUACUGGCAAGGACAGCUCUUCCACUGGUUCCAGCGAAUCCUCCGGCUCCCGCUCCUCGGGCUCUAAGUCUUCUGGCACUGGUACCAGCACUGGAUCUGCUGCCAGCGGUACCGAGACCAAUGCUGCCUCUGUCGCCAAGCUUCAGCUGGGCGCCUCUGCCGCCGGUAUUGCUGGUCUCGCUCUCGGUAUCUUGGCUCUGUAAAUGAGCUUGGCUUCUUGAUUUGGUGAUCUCACGCGGGAUGGUUAAUGGGAGAAU